AAAAAGCGAUGCAGUUCCCGAAAACGUCACAUUCUCGUUCGUCUCCUAAUAGUUUGUUUUGUCGUUUUCUUUAAAUUCUGUUUUUUUUUUCGCUCGCAUCGAUGUGCUCCCACAUUUACACAAAAAGCUGGGUAGCGUUCCGAAUAUUCAUGCAGUUGGUUUACACUGAAAUUUCAUUCGAUUUGGACGGAAAAAAAGACUUUUGUGUAUUCUAAGUGCAAGCAAAGAGAUACACCGAGUGUAGCGGCUUUAUAAAUGACAAAUCUGAAUGAUAAUGUUGGAUUUUGGGACUCGGUAUUAAUUGAAAACUUAACCGAGGAAACGUUCAUUUCCAACAUUUAUCAGCGAUACAAACGGGGUCUUAUCUAUACAUAUAUUGGUGCCUUUCUCGUAGCCAUCAAUCCAUACAAGGCGAUUGCAAACUAUUCCACAGACACAAUCCAAUGUUACGCUAAAUCAAACUAUUUCAAAUUACCGCCACAUAUCUACGGCAUCACAAAUUCUGCUUAUCGCAGCCUACAGGAUCAAAAUGAGAAUCAAUGUGUAUGCGUAUUAGGCGAAAAUGGAAGUGGAAAAACCGAGAGCGCUCGAAUUAUUCUACAUUUUCUCUCCAAUGUACAUUCCGAUCAUACACUUAGCGGUAGGAAAAUUCUUCAAAAUCAAAAUAGUACAAGGCUGAUGCGAUGCAAGAGUCUCGCUUCAUAUCCAAAAUACGAAUCGCCGGAAGCGGUGUGUCACUCCGGAAAGCGUGACUCCAUCAAAUUUGCACGAAAAUCACAUAAAUCGCCGGGAACGGUCGAAUUUGAUCUACGAAAUCAAUACAAGAGCUUAGACGAUGUUUCACUCAGCAGCAUUUGUGGUGACAAUAAAUGGAAUAGGAAAUUUUCGCAGUCAAUGUCAUCGUCGGCAAUUAAUACGCCGAAGGCAAAUCGCACCGAUAAAGCCAAUUGUGAUGAGCGAAGGUCGAGCGUAUCGAAGGCAUUACAAUGUGAUAGAACACCGACACGUACCAAAAACUGGCUAAUCAUGAAAAAAGAUCUGCAAUGCGAUAAAUGCGGCUACAUUCGGGCCAUUUGUGAUGGUACUAAUCACACCGAUAAACAAUGCUCAUCCAAUGCCAAAGGAACAUCGUGCCAUUCAAGCGAUGAACAUUUUUAUACCAAUAAUUUUAAUGACACUGCCACUUUCAAAAGUACAAAUUGCAAACUCAAAUCCGAAUCGAACUAUUCACUUGGCAGAUCAUCGUCAUUUAUCAACUCAACCGAUAUUCAUUUGACGAUUCGCAGACGCAUCGUUUACGCCCAAGUUCUCCUCGAAGCAUUCGGAAAUGCAUCCAUUUCACUCAACAGCAAUUCCAGCCGAUUCGGAAGCUUUUUCGAUAUCGAACUCGACUUCAAAGGAGAUCCUCUGGCGGCUCAUGUUAAUUGUUAUAUGAUUGAAAAGUGGCGUGUAACAGAUCGGUUGUGCGGAGAACGAAACUUCCAUAUAUUCUAUCAGUUGUUGUGCGGUGCAGACAUUGCAUUUCUAAAACUCAUCAAACUUCAGCGAAACAGCGAAAAAUAUGUUCUAUUGAAGAAUGAUCCAACCACAAAUACUGACAGAGAAGACUUUGCUUACACGAAAAAAGCGCUCGAAGUUAUCGGCCUCACUUCAGAUGAAACCCUUAGCAUAUUUAAAAUGGUCUCAAUUAUUCUUAAGUUAGGAAAUCUAAUUUUUAUACCAACUACAAAUAUUGAUGGAAGCGGUGGAUGUGAAAUAACAAAUGAUUAUGAAGUGAUGGAAAUAGCGGAAAUUGCACAAUUGAAUCCAAAUAUUUUAAUGAACUGUUUGACGAAAGGCGAUCACAACUGGCGCUACAAUGAUUCCGACUCUGACUUAGAUGCGAUGAGCGCAUCACGGAUUCGAAAUAUCAUGUGCAGAACCAUUUAUGGCCGUCUGUUCACUUGGAUUGCUGGAAAAAUUAAUGAAUCAUUUAAGAUAAAGCAUGGAUCAAUACAUGGAAAAAAAUUUGGAAUAUUAGACUUUUUCGGUUUCGAAGUAAACAAGAAUAAUCGUUUUGAGCAAUUGGUUAACAAUUACUGUAGUGAAAAGCUGCAUCAGAGUUUUCUUCAAAACGUGUUCAAAAAUCAACAGGAAAUAUACCUCAAAGAGGGUCUCGAUUGGAAUAAAAUCGACUUUUUCGACAAUUAUGCAAUUUGUGAUUUAAUUGACAAACAUAGCUACGGAAUAUUGAAUUUACUAGAUGAGCCUCAUAUCAAAUCAGACGAAGCUUAUUCGCUACGUGUACAACAAUGCUGUGCUGGUAACCCAAACUUUUUACCCGAAGACAAUAACAUGAUGCGAAAAAGUUUUCAAAUAAGACACUUUGCCGGUCAAGUGAGCUAUGCAGCAAGUGGAUUCAUGGAAAAAAAUGCGGAUAAAAUACCACGAUACAUAAGUACAGGUUUCUUUCAGAGUAAAUUGCCGUUGAUGCAAAGUCUAUUUCCCGAAGGCAAUCCGAAUCGCACACAUCGUCAUCCGGCGAGCGUUUCGACAAAUAUUCAAUUGCAAUUGCAAUCGCUGUUGUCGUUGAUGCAAGAUAGAAAAACUCAUUAUAUUUUUUGUAUAAAACCAAAUCAAUCGAAAAAGGCGAAUCUAUUUGAAUUGCCAUUGGUUCAGCAUCAAAUACGCUAUACGAACAUAAUGCCAUUAGUUAACAUUUGGAGAAUGGGCUAUUGUUUCCAUUUGAGUCAUUUGCAAUUUUUAAAUCGUUAUAAAAUCUUAAGCUCCGAAACGUGGCCAUUCUAUCGAAUUGGAAGUGUAAUCGAAGGCAUUGCAACGAUCAUACGUGAACUACCACUGCCAUCAGCCGAAUUCAUUUUGGGAACGACGAAAGUUUUCAUGCGCAGCCCCCGAACAGUUUUCGAAAUGGAGGAGUUUCGACGAAAUCGAUUAAAUGAAUUGAUUGUGAUAAUCCAAACGAAAUUUAGAUCCUAUAUUCAGCGAAAACGAUUUAUGCGAUUAAAGCAAAGCCAAAUUCUUAUUGCACGUACAUGGAGAGCGCGACGAGAUUGUCGUUUCGGUGUAUUAAACGCUGGUAGAAGACAUGUAUGGCAAAUUUCCGCAGUUGCCAAAGAGAAACAGCGAUUGGUGAGAUACCGAAAAGUUUCGAAAUGGGCAGUUGAUAUCAUUGAGAAUUUUUAUAUUCGAUGGAAGAAACAACAAUUUCUAACAACACUGAUGAUAAGAUUGCCACCAACCUGUUUCAGUCCGAUAAGCAAUGAAUGGGUCACAGCUCCGGCAUACUUAGCUGAAACAUCGUGCUUGCUGCGCGGCAUUUUCCAUAAGUGGCGAUGCCAUAAAUAUCGACGAUUCUACGAUCAGGUAUCGCGGAAUCGAAUGCGCGAGAAGCUCACCGCAAGUAUCCUGUUCAAAAAUCGAAAAACAUCUUAUCCUUUGAGUGUAUCGCAUCCGUUUGUUGGAGAUUAUGUGCGUUUGCGUCAAAAUGUGCAAUGGAAGAAGCUAUGUAUUUCUUUGAACGAUCAGUACAUUGUUUUUGCCGAUAUUGUUAAUAAAAUAACACGAUCAACGGGAAAAGUUGCUCCGAUUCUGAUGGCACUUUCAACGAAUGCAAUGCUAUUGCUCGAUCAAAGAACACUGCAAAUAAAGUAUCGAAUUCCAGCCACCGAAAUUUAUCGCUUGUCAUUGAGCCCAUAUCAUGAUAACAUAGCCGUGUUCCAUGUAAAAGAUUCGGAAAUGGGCCGAAAGAAGGGAGAUUUUGUCUUUCAAACCGCACACGUCAUCGAAGUUAUUACAAAGUUAUUUUUGGUGAUUCAAAAUGCAACGGGACGACAACCAGACAUUUGUAUUGACUCCGAAUUCGAUGUGAUGUUUAGCAAUCAAACGGUAACAUUGUCAUUUAAAUUAUCGGCCGGACUAAAUGAUGCACACGCAGCACUUUUAUCGCCCCAAUUAAAAAUCACCCGUAAAAGUGAUCGAAUGGAAAUCGUCAUCUGAUUCGUAGUCGUUUUCAUUCCGAAUCCGAAACUCCAAUACCUAUUUGUAUCGUAGAGAUAUGAGUAUGUGAAUUUUGUGAACUGGCUGGAACUGACGCUUCAGUGCCAAAAUAGUUGAUCCACAACAAAUCAAACACUUAGAAUUAGACACACAAACACACUCACAAAUAAUGAACACGAUGCACUUCAAAAUGGAUAAUGAAAAUGAAACAAACGAAUUAUUAACAGAUUGUUCAUAGAGUUUAAUGCAUUUAUACGGUGGACGUUCGUUUAUGAAUGACGCAAAUUUACAGUGAAUAUACGACUGAAAAUAGCACGAAUAACAACUUCCAAUUCAAAUUAUCGAAUGGAUACUAUUUUUAUGUGUGAAUGCCAAAGAAAUCGAUAACCGCUUGACUGCAUAAGAUUUCCGGUGCUAUUCAUUAAUUCGAAGCGAUGUGUCGACAUUUCAAUAAACGAUCCCCUUGGAGUUCCUUUCAACUACCCAUCUAACAAUUAUCAACCCAAAUACAUCCGAUUCCAGGCACAUUUCCAAGGUUGAAUACGGGGAUAGAUUUAACCGUAGAAGUAACCGUCAUAGUGAUCCAAUUGUGCAUGGAAUAAAUGGAGAAAAAAUUGCAUAAAAUUAGCAUCAAUACAUUCAAUACUCUUAUUUCAAUUGAAAAACAAUUUACUUACAUGGGUACUUCUGGCCUCCUUAGUUAAGUAUGUACGCCUACUAUACCACAACAAUCAGGCAUAGCGGAAAUAACAUAAUGUUAUAUUUUAAUUUUUAAAUUAUUCAAUGUGAAUGGCGUGAAAUACAUGAUGCUGGUUAGUUGUUGACAGCAGCUCGCUGGUUGGAUGGCCUCUGCAAUGUUUCGGGUAACUCGUACCCAAACAAGUUGCAGUGUCCUUGAAAAUCAUACAAGAAAACAAUGAAUGAUAUGUAAACAAAGCACUGCACCUCACAUCACAUGCAAUUCAAUCAAUACCUAUAGGUAAACGACGAACAUUUCGUUUCCUCCGUUCGAAUCCAAUCUCUAUUAACAUUGUCAGCUGUGAAAUGAGAACAACGCUUUGUUGUUCACUUGAUGUAUGACAAAAGCUUUCUUUCAAGCGGUAUAAACUGUCUAUGAAUCUAUACCUGAUCCGGUAAACGAUCAAAAAGAUUGAAAUCAUUUUGAAAUGAAGAUAAGUCACAUCCCUUUUGUUAUUCCACCCCAUAAAAACAGUACACCGUAUUGCGCUAAUUGGCCUCAACGUUUAAAAUGAUGUACAUAUUGUUUUGCGUUAUUUAUAAAUCCCUUCAUUUUGUUUCAUGUUCUAGUUAAUCAAUGGAAUGAAAAUUGUUUCAAAAGCAAAAACCGCUCAAAAGGGAAGAAAAAACAUUAUAACAAGAAAGAAAAAAAACAGAUUAGUACAUUUUUGUUGGUACGUAUAGAAGUCAAGUAAUAAGUAAUAUAUUACUAUUUCCUAUUACUAUUACAGGCUAUUACAUAAUGGCUAUUACAUUUAAGAUAUUACUUUUUCCUAUUACUUUUGUAAAAAAAAAUUUCAAAGUUUCAUAUAAAAAACAUUUUUUUUUUACAAAAGUAAUAGGAAAGUAAUAGGCAUUACUAUUACUAUUACAUGUAAUAGGAGAAAAAAUUGUAAUAGGAAAGCUAUUUACUUAUAUUACUUGUGUAAUAGGAUUUACCUAUUACUAUUACUUUUCCUAUUACAGUAAUUGUGAUAGUAGUAGGUAUUUUUUUACAAAAGUAAUAGGAAAGUAAUAGUAAUGGGUAAAGGUCCCAUCGAUUGCCAGGCAGAGCGCCUGACUUUGCCUGGCAAAAUCACGUUUUUUACUUUUAUCUCGAAAAUAUCUUAUCUCAGCGGGUGAAACUGGCCCUUCGGGCUCCCAGAUCCAUGAAAUUUUCCGCCCGAUCGAAUGAGACUGGUCUCAAUUUUCCCCGAAUUUCAUUUUGAUUUUCAAAUUUUUUUCCAAGAUUUUCAAUUUUCCGGAAAAUUUUCGCGAAUUCGAAUUUAGUUUGAAUUUAUACGUUCAUAAAAUGAAAAUGGUUGGAAAAAGGUUGGAAAACUCGGAAAAUAUUCAAUAUUUUCGAAAUCCAAAAUGUACUGAAAAUCACUGAAAUUUUUUUCAUGAAGCCACAUCUAGGGGGUAGACACGAAAUAACACUAGAAGAAAACUAGCAAAAAUUGAGCAUACUUGAAGUUACUAGAAGAAUAUUUGUGAAAAAAUUGAGUGAUGCCUCUUCCAUAAGAAUAGCAUUGCCAGUGGUUUUUAUAUGGACAAAUUAUUCCAUUUAGAAUAUACUGCCAAUGCUUUGCUUAUGGAGUUCAAAUGUUUUGUUUACAAAAAGUACCGUUAAUCCUUCCAUAAGAAAUGCAUUGGCAAUGCUAUACUUAUGGAAGAAGCAAUGGUACGAUACUAGAAAAACUAGAAGAAACUGAACGCAUAUUUGAACCGAUUUGAACGAACUAGCUAUACUAGAAAUUUGUGUCUAACCCCUAGAGCCACAUCCUGGUGCCAGUGCCUUUUCUAGAAAAUCUGAUCAGGCAGAAAACUUCUAUGAACCUUUCUCUUUCCAUAUCAGAGCUAAAACCAUCAUGUUUCGGGGAACAGAUAUUUGGAAAUUGAAUUUAUAAAGACAGGCCAAAUGCCAGGCAUCUGGGACCUUUAGUAAUAGGUGAUCCUAUUACAUAUGUAAUAGUAAUAUAAUAGCGUAAUAGGCAUUACAGUUUUUUACUUCUAUAUUGGUACGUUUGGUGGAUGUCAUGGGAAAUAUAUUUAAUAGAUGUUGGUUCAGUGGUCAAUUAGUACACACGUCGAAAGAAAUUAAAAGCAAAAGCAAAGCAUUAAAAGCAUAUAGUUAGACAUAUUUUUCUCAGAUAAUUAGUUUGUAAUUAUGUAGUAGACAGGUAGUUAAAAGUCGUAGUUGAAUCCAACUCACCUCCGCUCUGGAUGAAAAAUCCUUUAUCUCAAAUGUUAUUUUUUUUUAGAAAAUUCAAUUAAUUCAACAGAGAAUUUCACACACAACUUGUGUCCUAAGCCAACGAUUAGUUCAUCUGACAACGCGUUUUUACGAUUAUACGUUUACGAAAUGGCAUACAAAUAAAAUUCAAUUAAUAAAAACUAAA